CCACGAUCCUAUUACCAAAUCUCUGUCAAAUCUUUGCUCUGCCACCCGUCCUGUCCUGGAAGGAGCCCACCAGCUGCAGACACGAGAGCAGAUCAUGACAAAGAAGAAGCGUAAGCCCGCCUCUUCUUCUGCGCAGUCCACGAAUCUAUCCACCACUGAAGGCGACUCCGCACUUGGCCCAGCGAAACAAGAGACACCGAGUCCAGGUCGAAUACCGCCUCCAAGUUCACUGAAACUCGUGCACGGUGGAGGACAGCGCAUCCCAGACUUGACGGUGCCGUCCGCUUUAAUCAUCUGUCGCAACAAACACUGGAAACAUAUAUCUUGCUAUCACGGACCAUGGCUUAGUGCUCCGACCGAAGUCCUCGAGAGCCUUGCUUAUACCAAUUACUCCUCUCCCCGUCCUCUACCAGUCCACCCUGCCGUGCUCUUCGACCUAGCCAAGAUCAGAAGACUGGUCGAUGAGGCAACCGGUCUCGCUGUCCGUGCUGCAAAUGGCACCAGCACCUCGGCCAUGCAAUCCCCGUUGAACAAGAGCAUGUAUUAUGGAAACGAUGCAGAGAUGCUAGGGCUAUCAUCCCCGAAAGGGAUUGGCUACACGAAGUUAAGUCGUGAGCGGAAACACCGAAUGCGGGAUCAAGCAUGUCAGAAGUUAUACCAAGCUUAUUCCUUGGACGAAAUCGCCGCAAGCGUUGUUAUGAUGCAGUCGGCGUCAGCCCUGGAAGAUGUUGCAAAACUCGUCCUGGAGCGCGAGGAUCACAAUCCAUAUGCUCAAUAUGUUCACUUCUUCCACGAAAAGAUCCCGUGCAUGGCCAUGGCUGAACACACUUCACUGGAACCUUUGAACGAUGUGAUCGAUCAAAAGCCCACGGAAUCGUCGCCAUAUAGGACGAGGGCAGUCACUCGUAUGUUCAAGGACGACUUCGAAGGCGUGGUGCGAGACUGCACGGAUGGUCUUGCUGUGCACAAGCUAUACCACUCACAACACCAGAAAGACCCACAAGACCUGGUUUUACCAAAUGAUACUGCAGCGCUCGGCCGGGAAUUUCAGACAAAGGGUCGCGUAGCUGACAAGGAUCAACCUAGCAGCAUGGAGCCCCAGCUGUUAUGCCUUCGAGCCGCAGCAAAUCUAACACUUGCGUGUGAGAAUCUCAGACCAGCUUUGCACGGACUUCCCAAACGUGGCACUCAUCAGGCAGAUGAUGAUAUGAAUGCCCCAGCAAUGGACAGAGGGGAGAAGGACAACAGACAACGUGUAGAAGCACGGAAAUUGGUCCGAACCUACGCCAAAAGGGCGCUUCGUGAUUACCUCUCGUAUCUAUCACACCUCGAGUACACGCCAGGACUUCCCUUCGAGUAUGUGGCACAAUUCGUUGCCAAAGUGAAUUGUUCACCGCCUGCACGUCGUUCCCGCGGAGAGAGAUCGCCUGAUACCGACUCCCACGCACGCGCCGGAAUGUCGCAAGCCUUGGUGAAGGACGAAAGCGUGAAGGAUCGCCUGGAUGCCUUAGGAAAUCUAUCGUUGCCCGAACCACCGAUUUAUAAGGUGAACGAGUUGUUUGCGGCUGUACCGCCUGCAGAUGUGCCGCCUUACGCUCACGAGCGACAAAAGGAGGUUGAUCCAAAUCAUCCCAUCUUCUCCUUACCAGAUUUCGCUGAAGCAGUCAGCUACCAUCCGCUCCUGAUAGAAGUCCUCCACUCUCUGCUUCUUUGUCACUGUAUCCUUCAAACAUCGAGCAAGGAACUUCAGCGACAUGCUUAUAUGGCUGCACGUGUCGCAAGUGUCGCUGACGGGUAUCCCGCUUUCCUAGCACCUCGAUCUCCGGCUCGGGCAGAUUGGUUGGAGAUUCUAUUCCGCACAGACAAUUGGAUUGGGCUGGCACAACCAUGGAGGGAUUUGUGUACACCCCUACGUUAUGGCGCGUAUCUCAAAAAGUCCGCACCCAAGGACGUGAAAGAAGCGGCCGCAGCAAAGAGGUUACGAAUAAAGCACACACCACAUAUGCAAGCGUUGGCCGAGGACGGCUUGAUGCGGGAAGAAUCUUCCAAGGCGGAGCACAAAGGCGAAGAGCAGACGAAGAAGCAGCACAACCGCAUAAACCCUUUGGGUUCCGAGUCAGAGCGCAGCUACGAUGGAAGACAUGAAAGUCCCUCCAAGAUACCAGAGCAUUGGCCUCCGGAGGACGAACGGCCCCAAGGCAGCACCGAACGGGCGGACGCUAUCGUGCAGUGGAUCUUCCACGCACCUCCUCUUAGCUCAACUGAUGGGGCCGGUCGGUCGAAAAAGAAGUCUGGAGCCAUAGGGAAAUUGAGAAAGAUGGGCAGCACUGCUUCGAGUCUACGAGAGACUGAAAUGACGGCAACGGAACAGAGCGUCGAGAGCUUGGCCCUGGUGGAUUGAACAGGCUCUCAGUGCCUGCGCGCAAUCAACAGUUGGCGGCAUCAUGUUCGACAGUCGAGCAUUCUGCUCCUCUUUUUGUGACAACACCCUACAAAAUGGCUAGGACCUGGUAAAAAGGAUAUGUAUUAUCUAGUUGCCUAAAUACAAGGCAUAUCGAAAGGCACGUCCAGCUCGACUGCUGAGUUCUCACUCCAGUGCUGAGAUUUGGGUGAUGCAGACAGACCAAUGGCGUUGAUUGGAAAAUAUCCCCCGACCUGGGUAUGUCCAACGACGUCAACGACCAGGAACUUGAUAUUCCUCGAUAA